AUGGCAAAGGCGUCUUCCAGCAAAAAAGCUGUUGCCAGCUCCAGCAACGGGCCCAGCUCCGUCCCCAGCUCCAACACGCGAUCGGUACUGGAGCAGGUGCAAGCGCUCCAGUCGGCUCUUUUGUCCUCUUCGGACCUCAAUCCGCUCUCUGACCUUCUCUCGCUUUCCAAGAAGCUCGCAAAGGUCGGAGAGGACAACACAACAAAGGAGAGGAAGGAUGCAGCUGUCGCACUUCACCGCGCGGCGCUUGUACUGGUGCGCUCGAUGAAGUCGCUCAGUGGCGAGGACAAGAUUCCGUUCGACAGAGAUGUGGAUCAGGAUGGGUACCUUCUUUCGUACGGUGGAAAGGCGAGUAGCACUACCGACAAAGCAGUCUCCGCCAAGGCCAAGGAAGCACAAAUCAAAGUGGCAGACUGGAUCAGAAUGCGUUGGAACGAGACCAUCGAGUUGCUUUGCGGCUUGCUCGCCCACCCGAUCGAGGGUUUGCGUCUAGAGGCUCUACAGAUGCUCGUUGAGCUGCAGACUUCGGCUUCGUCCUCUCUGACACGCAUCGCUGCUGCAACCGUGGCGGCAAGGGCACAAACAAAAGCUCCAACGUCGACGAGCAAGAACGACCAUGCUUCCGAACCUAUCCAAAGCAACUUGGCCUUCUGGGCGCAGUCUCCCUGGCGUGCACUUUGCCUCGCCCUCAUCGCCGGCCCCCCCAGCCUAGCCAAACUCGGCAAAGGUGAUGCAGGUACAAGGUAUCAGGUCGUUCGAGUGGAGUCCGGUGUGCCGGAGGAUGUCAGGGACAAGUUUGUGCAGAGUGGAUUGGAAGAGUAUGACGAUGUCCGCUUUGCCACCCUGCGCGAAAUCAGCCUUGCUCUCCGCAAACCGUCCCCAAGCAUCGCUGGCAGCACCCAGCUGCGAGCACACACACUGGCGCUGCUCAUCCAACUCACUGCAGUCCCAACAAGCGUGGAAGAUCUCAACAACUUUUUGGUCGACGAGCUCUCGAUUCCGCCGUUGGGUGAAUCCGGCAAGAAGAAAAAGAAGAAGAAGACGGCAAGCAGCAGCGCAAACGGCAAGAAUCUCUCUGUCAUUGAUGAUGGUGACUCGGAUGCGGAGGAGGAGCAGGAUGACGACGACAUGGCAGGCUGGUUCUCCGACUCCGACGAUGAGGGCGAGCCGCGAGCAGGGGCUACGGCGGGCGAACAGCGCCGUGCAGCAGACAAGAAGGCCAUUGGCGGUCUGGGUGCAGCUGCUCGUUCUGCCAGUGCCAAGAAGCGUAAGGCAAGGUCGUUCCACGAAUCGGUGCACCACAUGGGUGCUCAGCGCGCCGCAUUCUCCACCGCUUGGCUCGAUGUUCUGCUGCCACGACGACAGACAGAAGAGUCUGCCGCAGCUGCCGGUGUUGCCAAAGGCUCGCUCGUCGGUGGCGAGCUCAGUCUUGCCGCUACACACGAAGUGCUCGUCCGCCUGCAUGCUCAGAUCUUGCCGCACCUCACCAAGCCCACCAUGCUGCACGACUUUUUGGUCUCAUGCCUCAAUUCGCGCGGUGCCACGGCGCUACUGGCGCUCAACGCCAUCUUCACGCUCGUCACCAAGCACAACUUGGACUAUCCGCAGUUCUACGCUCGACUGUACGCGAUGCUCGACGCGUCGGUGCUGCACAUGAAGUACCGCGCUCGCUUCCUGCGACUGCUCGAGACGUUCCUGUCGUCGACGCAUCUGUCUUCGGCGCUGGUGGCGAGCUUUGCAAAGAGGCUGUCGCGACUCAGUCUGCGUGCGCCGCCGGCAGCGAUCGCGUCGGUGGUCCCCUUCGUGUACAACUUGCUCAAGAAGCAUCCGCGCUGCAUGAGCAUGGUGCACAAGGAGUGGGAUGGUGAUCGGCUCAACAUCGGGCCUGCGGGUGUGCAGGAUCCGUUUGACCCGGAGGAGAAGGAUCCGCUCAAGACACAAGCACUGGAGAGCUCGUUGUGGGAGUUGGCGGCGUUUGGGGCUGCGGCGGUGGCGAAAGGGAACAGUGGCGGGCCGGCGAUGGGUGCAGAAGAGGGGAGUGUUUUGCCGGGGGAAGCGCACUACCUGGGCUCGGUGACCGGGUUGGCUAGGAUCUUUGCCGAGCCGUUCACGCGCGAGGGGUACAGCUUGGACGACUUUCUCGACAUCACGUACGGCACGCUGUUUGAGACCGAGACCAAAAAGACGCUCAACAAGUAUGCGACAAAGUCGGGCGAGGCACCGCGUCGACGUGCCGCCCCGGCUCUGGCGUACAGCCUGCCCGGCGGCUUCGGUGCCGGUGGAUCCACCGACACCACUGCGCACAACCGCGUCGACAUCUUCCCCUCGCAAUCGGGUCGUCUGCGUGCCGCCAACUCGGUCGCCGCCGCCGAGAAGCAGGAGCAGGAAGAGAUCGAGCGCGAACGUGCCGACCGCAAACGCAGGCUCGGCGGCGAGGACCAGGACGACGACGAGGAUGACGAAGAGCGAGAAGCGAGAGAGGCUAUUGAAGAGCUGAAGCGCGCAGAGAGGGCCAAGAAGAGGAAGGUGGAUCAGACGGGCACGCACGAUGUCUGUGCGAUGUUGUUCAGCUUUGCUUGA